AUGCGUCUAUUGCUUUCUUUGCAGUCUCCCCCAGGGGCCAUUCAGGAAGCCAUGGAGGUAGCUUUAGAUGCUGGAUAUCCGCACUUCAACUGUGCUUAUUUUGACCAGAGCAAGGCCGACAUCGGAGAAGCCCUUAAAAGGAAGAUGGGGGAAGGGAGGCUGAAGAGAGAUGAUCUUUAUGUGGUGAGCAAGCUGUGGAACAGCUUCCACGCCCCACAGGAUGUGAAGCUGGCUUCCCUGGAAACCCUGAGUUUGCUGAACCUGGAUUACCUGGAUCUCUGUCUCAUGCACUCUCCAAUGGGCAUUGGGGUAAGGUGGAUUCUCUCUGAGCUCAUGGCAUUUAUUUCCCUUUCUUCCUUCUACCCUUCUUUGUUUUCUUGGCAGGCGAUGGAGACUGUGGACGAAGGCCUGGUGAAAUCGAUGGGGGUUUCCAACUUCAACGUCUCCCAGCUGGAGAGGCUGCUGUCCGUAUGCAGGAUCAAACCUGCCGCCAACCAGGUGGAGCUGCAUCCCUAUCUGACCCAGCCCGAGCUCGUGGAGUACUGCAAGUCUAAGGGGAUUGUCCUCAUCGCAUACAGUCCCUUCGGCUGCCCUGCCCUGCCCUGCCCUGCCUUGCCAUGCCCUUCGGGGGAGAACAGCCCUGUGCCCCUCCUAGAGAAUCCCGCGGUGAAGGAGAUCGCUCAGAAGCAUGGAAAAACCAGCGCUCAGGUUCUCAUCCGCUUCCACAUUCAGAGGGGCAUCACCACCAUCCUGAAAAGCAACCUCCUGGCCCGCAUCGUGGAGAACGCAGAGGUAACGGGGAUGGCUAGCAAGCCGGAAGCCCUCUUCCGCUCCUGGCGAUUGGCUGAGGUGUUACUAUCACCAGAACAGGACUUGGGAGCACAGAAAACCCUGGCCUUGGAGUCAAAGGCUGUUUCUUCUGCAUAG